CUCUCCGCCCGCGGAGACAUGAGGCGCGGCCCAGGGGCCGCCCUGGCCCUGGGGCUGCUGCGCCUCUGCCUGGGUAUGAAGCUGUCCCACCCUGUGUCCGUGCUUCUGCCUGUUCUCUUCCUAGCCCAGGCCAAUUUCGCCCCGCACUUCUUCGACAACGGGGUGGGCAGCACCAACGGAAACAUGGCCCUGUUCAGCCUCCCGGAGGACACCCCUGUAGGUUCUCAUGUAUAUACUCUAAAUGGGACAGACCCCGAGGGAGACCCUGUCUCCUACCACAUCAGCUUUGACCCCAGCACUAGAAGUGUCUUUUCUGUUGACCCCAAUUUCGGAAACAUCACCUUGGUUGAAGAGCUGGACAGAGAGAGGGAGGAUGAGAUCGAAGCCAUCAUCAGCAUUUCGGAUGGCGUGAAUCUGGUGGCAGAAAAAGUCACGAUCCUGGUGACGGAUGCCAAUGAUGAGGCCCCCAGUUUCAUCCAGGAGCCCUACGUGGCCCAGGUUCCCGAGGACAUACCUGCUGGGAGCAGCAUCAUUAAGGUGCAUGCAGUGGACAAGGACGCAGGCUCUGGAGGGGCUGUCACCUACUUCUUGCAGAAUGUGCAAGCCACCAGAUUUGCCCUGGACCGCCACAGUGGCGUGCUGCGCCUCCGGGCAGGGGCCACGCUGGACUACGAGAAGGCCCGGGCCCAUUUUGUCACCGUGGUUGCCAAGGAUGGCGGAGGGAGGCUGCGAGGGGCUGACGUGGUAUUCUCCACCACCACCACGGUCACAGUCAACGUGGAGGACGUACAGGACAUGGCCCCUAUCUUCUUGGGCAUACCCUACUAUGGCUAUGUAUAUGAGGACACCCUUCCGGGCUCGGAGGUACUGAUGGUGGUUGCCAUGGAUGGAGAUCGAGGCAAACCCAACCAGAUUCUCUACAGCCUCUUGAAUGGGAGUGAUGGAGACUUCGAAAUUAAUGAGACGUCUGGAGUCAUCUCUGUCAUGCAGAGCCCUGCCCAGCUCAGGAGAGAGGUGUAUGAGCUGCAUGUACAGGUGACUGAGGUCAGCUCUUCAGGGAUCCCAGCUGCCCAGGCCAUGGUCCCAGUCACCAUCAGGAUCGUGGACCUCAACAACCAUCCGCCUACAUUCUAUGGAGAGAGUGGACCCCAGAACAGAUUUGAGCUGUCCAUGUAUGAGCACCCACCUCAGGGAGAGAUCCUGCAGGGCCUUAAGAUCACCGUCAACGACUCAGACCAGGGAGCCAAUGCCAAAUUCAACCUGCGGCUGGUGGGACCUGGGGGCAUCUUCCGAGUGGUCCCACUGACAGUCCUGAAUGAAGCCCAAGUCACCAUCAUUGUGGAGAACUCAGCUGCCAUUGACUUUGAAAAGUUCAAAGUGCUAACCUUUAAGCUACUGGCCAUUGAAGUGAACACUCCAGAGAAGUUCAGCUCCACAGCAGAUGUUGUGAUCCAGCUCCUGGACACCAACGACAAUGUCCCCAAGUUUACCUCCCACUACUACAUUGCCAGGAUCCCUGAGAAUGCGCCAGGGGGCUCCAACGUGGUGGCUGUCACAGCCGUAGAUCCAGACACAGGUCCAUGGGGCGAAGUCAAAUACUCCAUCUAUGGGUCCGGGGCAGACCCCUUCCUGAUCCACCCAUCCACCGGGAUCAUCUACACCCAGCCCUGGGCCAGCCUGGACGCUGAGGCCACGGCCAGGUACAACUUCUACGUGAAGGCAGAGGACAUGGAGGGCAAAUACAGCCUGGCUGAGGUGUUCGUCACUCUCCUGGAUGUCAAUGACCACUACCCUCAGUUUGGAAAGAGUAUCCAGGAGAAGACAAUGGUGCUGGGGACCCCAGUGAAAAUUGAGGCCACGGACCAGGACGCAGAGGAGCCCAACAACCUGGUGGACUAUUCCAUCACCCACGCAGAGCCAGCCAACGUGUUCGACAUCGAUGCGCACACGGGGGAGAUCCGGCUUAAGAACUCCAUCCGCUCCCUCGAUGCCCUGCACAACAUUACGCCUGGCGGGGACUUCACGUGGUCCCUAGAAGUGCAGGCCAAGGACCGUGGCUCCCCAUCCUUCAGCACCACGGCCUUACUCAAGAUUGACAUCACAGACACUGAGAUGCUGUCCCGAAGCCCCAUGGCCACCUUCCUGAUGCAGACUAAAGACAACCCCAUGAAGGCUGUGGGUGUCCUGGCUGGCAUCAUGGCCAUCAUUGUGGCCAUAACCGUCUUCAUCUCCACCGCCACCUUCUGGCGUAAUAAGAAGUCCAACAAGGUCCUGCCUGUGCGGCGAGUGCUCCGCAAGCGGCCCAGCCCUGCUCCCCGUGCCGUCCGCAUCGAAUGGCUCAAGUUCAGAAGGACCAAGGCUGCCGCCAAGUUUGUGCUCAGAGAGGAUCCUUCCAAUGAGAACUGCAACAACAACAGCCUAGGAAGCACACUGCCCCCCAAAGCCCCAGCUCCCCCUCCACCACCCACAGUGGCACCCAAGAUGGGCACAGCCCCCUGGACUGUGCCUACAGUCUCUGGCUCACUCACCCCUCAGCAACCCCAACAGUCACCAAAACCCAAGGUGGGAAGCCCCAUCCAAUCAGCUCUGGUCUCUGAGCUCAGGCAGAAGUUUGAGAAGAAGGGUGUAGGUAAUAAGGCUUACUUUUAGCAUGUGUCCUGUGGACCCUCAUUUCCCCAGCCCAAUUGUCCUACUACUUGGACCAUGCUCCCCACCACCUGCUCCUUAGGGUCACCUCUGUUUUGUACCAUGAUGUAAGCCCCAUAUCCACGGUUCUGGACAUGCCUUAGAUGAGGGAUUUCUCUAUUUAUGGGCUGCAACUUGCAAAUACUUCCUCAUCACCCAGAUUAUUGGCACAGUUAUGAUGCUCCCCAUUCCCCAGAGGCUGGGAAUCAACAAAGAGCCAGCUCUGGGUGUCUUCUACUCACCAACCUCAGACCUCGCCGAGUCCCUCAGGUCCUCCUGCAGCCUCAGCAUCCUCAGUGGAGGAUCAGGGCCCUGGCUGCAUGUGGCAAGGCCAACCAGAACCUGGAUCCUGAAGGCUCCCAUUAAGAGCAGGAACAGGAAAAGGAGGUUCAGCCCUGGCUAAGGUUGUGGUCAGUGACCCUUGCAGGCUGUAGAAGAGCAAAUGCAUCAGGGCCGGGCAGUGAUGCCCUGAAAACUCACGCCAACUGUGGGGCUGUUCCUCAAAGCCAUUGGAAAGAUGGAGGAUGGUGUCUGGGCAGAGACCAUGGGCCCCUGCUAUAUCCGCACGGGACCAGGGGCACAGAGGUAUGAAAUGGCCCCAGCCAGGGCUGUCCCAGGCGGGCCCAGAAAUGUCCAAGCUGGAGCCAUGCAGGAGUCCUAGAGACAUCCCGAAGAGCCACAAGCCCCACCCUAAGGUGCUGCCCCGUCAGGAGUCCUUGAGGAGACAGUGCAGGGCUGAAUUUUGGAGAGAUCUGUUUUUAUCCUGCUUACGUGGUAUAACCUUGGGAAAGCCGUUUAAAUUCCCUGAUCACUCACUUCCUCAUCUGUGAAAAUGAAGUCGGUUCUCACUGCCUCACUCACAGGUCCAAGGUGAAGAUUGAAAUAAGUAUGUGGCAACAAGGGCUUUAACCAAGGGCAAAGCAGCACAAAUGCAGAGUAUUUUUCUGCAGGCCAAUCCUCUGGGGUGAAACUCUUCCAGAAAGUAUUAGGAGCCUUUCAGGCUAUUCUGCCAAGCACCCCCAGGAGGGCCUGUGCUGGGUUUGAGUGCCACCCCGAUCUGUGGCAGCCAGAGCUGGAUGAUGUCAUUGCCCUUGACUGAGGCUCCUCCCAUCCUGUUCUCACCUACCACAUGCUCCACGCAGCCCUGGCCAGCCACCAUCAGAGAGGACCAGAGCUGGGCAGCACAUCCAGCCGAAGUCUCUGUUUUGCCAAGAUGACAAACGGGUUUCCAAAGGAGGAGUAACUCCUAGAGGCGACACAGCAGGUUGGUAGCAGAGACCUGGUCUGAGGGCUCCUGACUUCUCGACGCUUGCCCCUGGCCAAGCACACCUCAUCAGCUUGUGACAACCUGCCCCAGGAGACAACACACACAGGCCUCUAUGUUUAGUGCAAAGAAGUUCUGCCCGACUUUCAGGAAAAAUGCUUUAUGAGGAAUCUAGACGUGUACAGGGAGAGGGUUCUUCGCAUCUUGCUCCCCUAGUAAUCGCUCUAGAGUAUCAUCAGUGAUUUUAUUUAAACCAAUUAGAUGCACAUGUGGUUUUCUUGAUUUCUGA